AAGACAACGUAUUUGAUGACUUUAAUGCUUUGGAACAGUGAUGAAGCCCCAGUGAGACCCCCCAGCUCUACACCCAGACGUUGCUUUGUUUUCCAUCCAGGGAAGACCAUUUUCCUUGCGGCCCUGUCAAGGAAAGAGACUCCGAUGGACUUACACCGGGCAGCCUUCAAGAUGGAAAACUCCUCCUACCUUCCCAAUCCUCUGGCAUCCCCAGCCCUGAUGGUUCUCGCUUCUACUGCUGAAGCAAGUCGCGAUGCUUCCAUCCCUUGCCAGCAGCCAAGGCCCUUUGGCGUUCCAGUAUCGGUGGACAAGGAUGUGCACAUCCCGUUCACUAAUGGCUCCUAUACUUUUGCCUCCAUGUAUCACCGACAAGGUGGUGUGCCAGGAGCAUUCACCAACCGUGAUUUUCCACCUUCCUUGCUGCAUCUGCACCCCCAGUUUGCUCCCCCCAAUCUGGACUGCACCCCAAUCAGCAUGCUGAACCACAGUGGCGUUGGGGCCUUCCGUCCCUUUGCCUCCACUGAGGACAGGGAGAGUUACCAGUCAGCUUUUACACCUGCCAAGCGUCUGAAGAACUGCCAUGACACUGACUCUCCUCACCUUCGCUUCUCAGACGCUGAUGGCAAGGAGUAUGAGUUUGGAGCCCAGCUCCCAUCUGGCUCCCCCGGCUCCCUCAAAGUCGAUGACACGGGGAAAAAGAUCUUUGCUGUCUCUGGCCUCAUUUCGGACCGGGAGACCUCAUCCAGUCCCGAGGACCGAAAUGAUAGAUAUAGAAGCGACAGCCAAGGAGGGCCGCCAGCGUCUGCAGGGGCCAGCCAGCGCAUGGCGUUAACUUUCCCUCUCUGCAAAAAGAAGGCAACACUUUUUGACAGCCAGGCUCCCAUCUGCCCCAUUUGUCAGGUCUUGCUUCGUCCAGGUGAGCUGCAGGAACACAUGGAGCAGGAAAUGGAGAAGUUAACACAGCUCAACAUCAGGCUAAGAAGAGGGACCUCCAGCUGUGGGAGCCCUGCAAGCGCAAGACAUCAGCUUGGUAAGAACUCUAUAUUGAAGGAUGUCAUGGCUCCAGGUACUCCCAAGUCAAUUUUGUUGUCAGCUUCAAUCAAGCGAGAAGGAGACUCUCCAACGGCAUCACCUCACUCCUCAGAUGAUAUCCAUCACUCAGACAGAUACCAGACCUUCUUGCGAGUGAGGGCAAACAGACAGACCCGGCUGAAUGCUCGGAUUGGAAAAAUGAAACGGAGGAAGCAAGACGAAGGACAGGUAUGUCCCCUCUGCAGCCAACCUCUCUCAGGAUCCGAGGAGGAGAGGAGUAGGCAUGUCGAACAAUGCCUUGCAAAGAGGGAAGGCUCAUGCAUGAUGGAGGAUGAUGCAGUGGACAUCGAAAAUGAAAAUGGUAAUCGCUUUGAGGAAUAUGAAUGGUGCGGGCAGAAGAGGAUACGUGCCACUACUCUCCUGGAAGGGGGAUUCAGAGGGUCCGGGUUUGUCAUGUGCAGCGGCAAGGAGAAUCCAGACAGUGAUGCUGACCUUGAUGUGGAUGGAGAUGACACACUGGAAUAUGGAAAGCCACAAUACACAGAGGCAGAUAUCAUUCCAUGCACUGGGGAAGAACCAGGUGAAGCCAAGGAGAGAGAGGCGCUUCGAGGUGCAGUCUUAAAUGGUGGCACGCCUAGUACCCGAAUAACACCAGAAUUUUCUAAGUGGGCAAGUGACGAAAUGCCAUCAACGAGUAAUGGAGAGAGCAGUAAACAGGAGCCUAUGCAAAAGACCUGCAAGAAUAGUGACAUAGAAAAGAUUACAGAAGACUCAGCAGUGACAACGUUUGAGGCGCUAAAGGCUCGUGUCCGCGAAUUAGAAAGGCAGCUUUCCCGUGGGGACCGCUAUAAAUGUCUCAUUUGCAUGGACUCAUACACGAUGCCCCUGACCUCCAUCCAGUGCUGGCACGUGCACUGCGAGGAAUGCUGGCUGCGGACUCUGGGUGCCAAGAAGCUGUGCCCUCAGUGCAAUACCAUCACCUCUCCAGGGGACCUCAGGCGUAUCUACUUAUGAAGGACAUGGCUGCUCAGACCAGGGAUUUGGGGGAAAGAAAUGGCAGCAGCAAUGAAAGACAUUUGAAAACAAAACCUAGAGACUCCAAAUGUGAACUAGAGGCUGAGGGAGCAGCGCAAUGCCUCUGCUUCCAAACCUGUCACUGGUGCCGCCAACUCCACGGGAAGGCCAAACCGGAAUCCUUAUUGUGAAGCCCCACCUUUUUUUACAGACUGAUGUUCCACACCUGUCCUAUUUCUUCAAGAGCGAGGUUCCAUCAUGGACGACUUGCAAGCCUUUCCAGGGGAGCGUCUUGACAAGCCAACCUGGCCUAACCCCACAUGCCAACUCAAGUAGGGACUGGAUCUUCCACAGCAGGAACUGUCAUAACCUGUCACUUGUGUUCUCUCCCCUCCCCUUUUUUGUGGUGUUCUAGUGUUUUUUAGGUCAGAGAGAGAGAGAGCCUACACUUGCAAACCCACAAAGGCAGAAUGAAGCACAUGUAAUAUAGACUAUAUGUUUACAAUGUUGUGUAUAAAUGGGAUAGACUCCAACAUUACAUACUAAUAUGUUUCCCUUUUAUUUUUUCCUUUGUUCUUGGGUUGUACUUUUUUUUAAAAAGAGAAAAAAAAUAAGCAGAGAACAUUAAACCCAUAUUUUUCUUGGUUCUACAAAGUUUUGGCAUUAAGUCAUUAGUUUAAAAGAAAUAUAAAUAAAUAUAUAUAUAUAUAUUAUACAUAUAUAUAAUAUAAAUGGUUUAAUGUUCUGUGGUGUAUAUUUCCUCAUUCAGAUAUGACGUUAACAGCUUCUAGUAACAGCUGUAGUUUUUGCCCGUAACACAACUUCUGGGGGAAGUAGGGAAAAGUAGCUAAUGGGCUCUUUUUAUCAAAUCUUUAUCACACUGAAACAGUUUUAAUUUUUCACUGAGGGGAAAGCAAGAAACUUGCAGAUCAGGCUUACAAGGCUUUACCCUAUUGCCAGCUGGGAAAAGGACAGAGGUUUACAUGAAGACAAAGAGCAAAAAAAUAGGUUGGCAGUGGGGGUUAUCAGAAUUCAGGCCAGUAAGUUUAGCUCUUAAAAGCUGAAGUCAUCUUUAGUUCAAGCAUAAUGUAUUCACCCACCUCUACGCCUGCUCUGUAGCCCUACCUGUGAUGCAAGAGUAAAUGCAAGAACUGCUGAAAAAAACACCAUAUUCUAGCCAUCCAGUAUCAGUGGGGGUGGGGUGGGGUGCAGGAAGUAUUCUAGCACUUCCUCCGUUCUACUUCCUCAUGAAAGAUUAUGUGUUUCACUAGUCAGGCAGGUUCUGUAUCACUAGCAUACUGUUUUGCCAUGCCCAGCCACUGCCUUGCUCUGAAAUGCUUUUCCAUGAAGGUGCAACAUGAUGUCCCAAUUUUUCAGAGGUUCAGGUCCAAUAAUGCAUCAAGUUCCAGUUUUGAAAAGAAAAGAAAGUGGGGUAUGUGUUGGCUUUUUGUGACACUGGUCUCGUUUCCUCCUGUUAUCUCCUACUUGUACUGUGGCAAUAGUGGAACUCAACCCAGGCAGGUCCACACUAAGUUGGAUUCAGUUAAUCCCUCUUCACCUGUUUCUGCAGCGUUCCUGACAUCAACCUUUUACUCAGACCCCUGUUCUGCAUUUGAAAAUAUCUCCAGCUGUGGCUCACAUAUAGUCUGCUUACUACCUGCCUUAAUCAGAAACAAGCAACUGACAUUUUUAAAUACAUAGCCAAACAAGCCUCCUGCAUUCCACCCGAGGGAAAUUUUGCAGGGUUGCCGGAAGCUUGAAAGGGGAAGCAAGCACUUUGCUUGGCAAUAAUUUGGGUAGGCAAAUGUCCCUGUCAUGAAUCACCUUUUAAACUGAGGCAGACUGCUGCUCUUGGAUAUCCUGCAAGGUAUUUUGUUCUUUUUCUCUGUCUCUGUGACUUAAGCACUAGAAAGUCAUGGUUGCACUAAAACAUCUGGCUAUCGUCAGUCAUGCUGUUGUCAAAAGGACUGGUCUUAUAUGAAUGAGACUUCAACCACAAGAGAGUUGUAUUUUGCAGUACAGGAUUCCAUAUUCCUGUUGCAAUUUGGCUGAUAAUGCGCUACUGCUGUCUACUGAAUGCAAGCUGGAAAUGGCUAUCAUCAGCAGGGUCUUGCUGUUUGACUUCACCCUGUUCAACACACACUAUUGUCUAGUGGGAAAUAGUUUCAUACCCUUAGAGCAGGUGCAGCCAAUAUGGUGCCCUCCAGAUAUUGGGACUACAACUCCAAAUAUCCCUAACCAUUGGCCAUGUUCACUGGGGCUAAUGUGAGUUGGCAGUCCCCUAGCAGCUGGCAGGCACCAUAGUGGCUACGACCGCAGAAUUCUAAGCUUCCAUUGUGUCCAAAGAAUUUCUGAACUGCUAUGUCUCACUCAAACCACAAGUGUUUCUGACUGCUGCUACAUAGGAACAGGUCUGAGAAAGGGCCAUCUGCAACCUGUAUUAGCAGGAGAAACACAUUUUCAAGCAGCAGUUCAUUGGCAUCAUAAAUAGGUAUCAAUAGAUUGCAAGAGGCACAAAGUUUCAGCAACUGCCUUUGCUCACGAUGGGGCUUCCUCCACUGGUAUAGCACUUAAGCCUUCCUAAAGGCAAUCAAAAGAAAUUUGUCAUGGUGGGGAUGUCUGAAUUGCACCCAAACCUGCUCACCUUGUACAAGCAAUCUCUGCUCAGGCAUUUAGGACAGAGCUAUAUUUCUCCCAGAUCUGUUUCAGAAUACGCAGUGCUGAGGCAGCUCAUUUUUGAUUUCCCAGUCUGGGAACAAUGAGCUUUCUCUGGUCCUGUGGACCACCACUAAGCCAAAUGAAUAUAUAUAAACCACAUAUAACUAGUAGGCUUUAUUUUUAAAGUUGAUUUGUCCCUACUUUUUUUCUUGAGGGGUAGGGAGGGGAGAGAAGACCUGAUGGGAAGAUGCAAGGACUUGUUACCUCCUCUGGAACGAGGCACAUUUUGCAAAACUCUGUGACUUCUUCCUCAAAAAGCUUAAAAAGAAAUGAACUAUCUUUGCCCAAAGAUUCCCAGCUGCACAAGGUGAUAUUCAAGUUGUGUCUAUGAUUGUGUGUCGAUGUAUAUUCUAUAAAAAGGUACUUGUCAUUCCCGUUUGUAAACUACAUUGACAUUAAUUAAAUGAGUAUAAAAUCUUCCAA